AUGGCUCACGAGCGCGCAGGGAAUAUCGUCAUGCUAGGGAGAUGCGUGGGCAUCAAACUGGCAAAAGGGAUGCAGAGGACGCCGGGAAGCUUCAUGAUCCCCAACAUCAAACGAAUGAAUGUCGGCAUUCGCAACAUAACAUCCACCUACUCCUCCCAUUGGCAAGCUGAGACGGAAUUGGACUACGAUCUUGAUAGAGCGAUCUCUGACCUGUUCGAUGUCGAAGCGCCCCGUUUCUGGGGACGGUCGGAGGAGAGGUGGGAGUACCUGGCGGACGCACAACACGACCCGCUGGGUGGGGUGUAUCUGCGCAAUCUAUACUGGCCUGAGGAUGCGGACAGUCUACUUGUAGGUUUCGUUGAUUUGGUGGUCAUGAAGUGCCGGUAUAGAGUGCGGAAUGACCAGAACAGGGCGGCCAGGAUGUUGACCUAUCAAGCCGCAACAUUCUCCGCCGUCGACGUGGACGACGCCUUGGGCAGUCAUAACAUUGAGCCUAGUCUGCAGAGCGAGGAUCAGCCAUCGACUGAGACAUGUAUUGAUCCAACGAUGCUGGAUCCAUCAAUCGGUUGCGCCUUUCCUCCGCCUGUGGCACCAAUGCUCAGUCAUGAGGCAUGGAGGCAGACUGAGGAGGAGUUCCAACGCUGUGUACAACCACUGGUGGCCAGUCGACUCUCAAGUAUGGGUGCCGCAUCCCGCGCCAGCCCUGGUCACAAUCCGCAAACUGCCAAUACGGAGCCCCAGGGCAGUCUCAAUACCACAGACACCCCCCAUGCUCUCAGCUCUGCUGAUUCGCGGGCAGAUGCUAAGCUGGAGACCGCGUUGCAGGGCUCGCAAUCUAGUGCAGUAACUCAAGUGGUGCGAGCCGACCAGGAGGACACGCCAUCUGGGAAACAGUCCGAGCUUGAAGAGUCGGGCCCAGAACAGCCAUAUGCCACACCACCAGAACAGCUGGAGCAACAUACUGUGCCAGAACCAUCGUCAUGGCGCGAAGGUCCAGCAGGAACCAAACGCGCACGUUCCGACAAUAUCACGGUGGCCAGGGCGGAGAAAGCUCAAUGCAUCGCCACGCCAUCUAAGAGAGUGGAAGACUUGAACCCGAAGCUACGAGAGCUUGCCGAAGAGGAACGCCUCGUGGCCGAAGAGAAGCGCCGCACGGCUGAAAAAUGGUCCGUCAUCGAAAGAGAGAACCAAAGCCGACUGGAACGCAACGAGAGACAAAAGCGGACAUCGGAGGAAGCGGGUGCCAAAGUGGAGCAAAGGCGGAAGCAGCGAAUCCAGCAGAGGAAAGACAAGGUCAACAAGAUGAAGGAAGAGCUAGAGAAGUUCCGAGAGACGAUAGAGACGUUGGAUGGAGAAUUUGAGGCGGAGAGAGAGAAGGAAAAGUUGUACGAGGCGGAGUUGCAGGCUCUGGAGGAGGCGAUUGACUCUCCUGGAAAGUGA